GCUAGACGAUUAUUUCGGAUCGAAAUUGCACCAAAAGCAAACCUUUGUCCAAUAGAUUGCACUUUUUGCUACAGUGUCGACCUCGGUGAUUCCAAAUUACUCAAUCCGUCGAGUCCGUCGUUCCUUUUCCGUGCGCGCUGUUGACACUUGUUUUAGUUUUUCGUAGUGCUCCGCUUGCUAAAAAAGCUCCUCGCUCACCGAAUUCUGGUCACUUCGUCCGGGAGAACAAAAGAAUCCGACCGAUCGUUCGUUCGACGCAGUGAAAAAGCGCUAGGAUAUUGCACGCACCCACGGGCUGUGCAGAAGAAAGUGGCCACCGUCUUUGCUGGUCAUGCGAAACUAGUUUUCUUCCACCACUUCUGGGCGUGUGUUUGUGAGAGUGAUUAAGUGAGUGCGUUCGAUCAUCGGAUCCGGGCGGGCUCCAGCUUCACUGUCGCGAUCUUUCUCCGGCCGAUACGUUCCGUGCUGCAAGGAUUAGCAUCGAAUCCCUGCGAUAACCAGCGUGCGAUUGGCACUGUUACACCGGAACCAUGAGCCUGUUUGGCACAUCGUCCUCCCUCAACCCGGAUAUAGAAAAAGCUACCAACGAAAAUAAUACGACUGAAAAAUGGGGCCUCAUAAUGGACAUCUGCGACAAGGUCAACAGUGGCACGGCCACACCGAAGGAAUGUUUGAAGUCGAUCAUUAAGCGGUUGAAUCAUGCAAACCCUCACGUGGUUAUGAAGGCGAUAACGCUUCUCGAUGCGUGCGUUAAUAAUUGUGGCAAGCAGUUCCACCUAGAAGUGGCGUCCCGGGAGUUUGAGACGGAAUUUAAGAAAUUACUACAAAAAAGUCAGCCAAAAGUGACGACGAAAUUGAAACUUUCCCUUAAACGUUGGGCAGAGGAAACAUUCAAGUCCGAUCCCCAGCUGGACCUCAUACCGUCGCUUUAUAAGAAGUUACGCGAUGAGGGGCACGACUUCAGUGAUCCAUCGGCUACACCGAAACGCGAAACCCCGCUAAGCAAGGACCCGAAUGUGGUCUCUAGUCAACAGGAGGAAGAUGACAUUGCGAAGGCGAUCGAGCUUUCAUUGAAAGAAGUUAAAAUCAGCCAAUCACCGAAGAUGUCGUCGACAGCUGCGUCCGGACCGAGCAUCACAUCGCUUUACCCUUCGACAUUACUUACGGCGGCCCCCGUACCAGAACCAAGAAAGGUACGUGCACUGUAUGACUUCGAGGCCGCGGAAGACAACGAACUAACGUUCCAGGCCGGUGAGAUCAUCAUGGUGCUCGAUGAUUCCGAUCCAAACUGGUGGAAGGGUCAAAACCAACGUGGAGAAGGUCUAUUUCCGUCUAAUUUUGUAACGGCCGAUCUUUCAGUGGAACCAGAAUCGUUGGGCGCCACCGGUCAAGCGAAAGGCUCCAAGAAGAGUGUACAGUUUUCAGACGAUCCAAAACUGUCAGAAGAUGGAACUGGUAGCGGAAAUGAGAAGGAUACGCAGUUACAGAAGCUACCGGUGGUUGAGAUAAACGAGGAGAAGAUUAAUCGCUUGCUGCACCUGAUACACGAGGCCGAUCCGCAGGAUCCGUCACAAGACACGGAAGAAAUGCUUCAACUGGAGCAGCUGGUUAAUCAGAUGGGGCCAUUAAUCGAUGCCGAGUUGGAGCGUGUCGAUCGGAAGCAUGCGCAGCUCACGCAACUCAGCAGCGAUCUCGUGGAUGCCAUCAACCUGUACCAUAAUUUGAUGCGUGAACCUGACCGUUCAAUGAUGAUGUCGAUGGGGGGCGGGCCAGCGGGAGGAGCGUACGGUAUGACCGGAGGGCCGGCAGUCGGUGCCUAUCCGGGUGCACCGAUGCCACCGAUGUACGGAAUGCCUGGAAUGUACCCUCCGAGCCUUCCCGGUGCAGGCAUGUAUCCCAUGGGCCCUGGACACCAGCAACAGCAGCCACCGAUGUCCGGCUACAGUAUGGGCCAGCUCCGACACGAUAUGGGACAGAUGAAUGUUGCGCCGGGUAUGCCACAGUUCCCUGCGCCACAGCAAUCGUCGUUGCCACACCUUCCGCACCAUCAUCCGGUGUCGUCGGUUUCACAAAAUGGUCCCACAAACAGUAUGGCUCCGGUGGCUACGUCAAUGGCACCCGGUGUCAGUAGUCAACCUACGACGCAACCUGCGCCAACUCCACAAUCGAUGCCAAAUAUGACAGUUCCCCAGAUGACGCCACAAUCACUUCCACCAGCACAACUUGGUGCUGGCAGUCACAUGCAGCAAGCCCCGAUUCCGCAAGGCUAUGCGAAUCCCACAUCGCCACCACCGACUGGGAUGUCUGGCCCAGGGGUUCCACCAACACAACUGAGACCUUCGGGACCGCUUAGCUACCAGAACUAUGGUCCUCAGGCAUCGCCACAGCAGCAACAACCCCAACCGCAGCCAGUGCCACAGUCUGGUCCACCUCCUCAGCAGCAACCACAACACGUUCCGGUCACAGGCUCUGGAAUGGGCGUUUCGCUUCCUGCGACGACACAGCCCGCCAACAUGAAUCAUCAUCCCCAUUUGACAUUGAAUGGAGUGGCCAGUGGUGGCAGUGGGCCGGCAAUAGGCCACUAUCCUCCUGUGCCUCCAACUUCAGGUCCCGGAUCUAUGCCUCCGUCUCAGAUGCCACCACAUCACCAACAGCACCUGCAUCAGCAGCAACCUCAACAAACGUUCAUCAUGCCACCGAUUGGGGGCCCACCACAAGCUAUGGGCGGCUAUCCGAUGGGCCCAAUGGUAGGGGGUGGUGGUAUGUUUCCUUCGGGGCCGGUACUCACAAGCAGUGGGCCGUUAUCGAUCAACACUAACCCAGGUCCACAGAACAUUCCCAUCUACCAACAGCAACGGUAAAAGCUGUGCGUUCAAAUUCAAAUUGGCUGAGCCAAGAGCAUCUGCUUUCUGUCCUAAAGACACCCUUCUCGGUUUAUUCCUCGAUCUUUCGCGUAGCUUACGAACUGCAUCGGUACAAGGAUCAUAGAUAUUUGUGACACGAAGAGGAAUUGCUUCUGGGCGGUUCCGAAAGACCACGGGUGUUUCGAUCAAAUGUUUCGGCUCGCCGUCGCGCUUUACAAGCUGAGCUUCUGUGCAUCGUGGGUUUUUGGCAACGAUUGUUUCUUGCUGGCAAUACUAUAAAUAUAAAUGUUUAUUUUUUUUGUUGAACGAAAAUCGGUGGCAUAAGAACUGUAAAAAUGAAUGACGGUUUUCGAAAAAAAACUGCAAAUGAAAAUUAAAAAAUAAUACGAUUCGCCGGCGACGCAUCAAACAACGAUGUGCAGUUACUAUUUUUCGGCAGCCACUGAAAGGAAAUGCUUUGCUCGUCGGGCGAAGCGGCGAAUAACCUAUUACACUCUACAUCCAACCUAAUUCGGGCUUUUUCGGAACAUUCAAAGAAUCUACAAACAGAUAGCGUAGAACAAAAUGGUAGGAUUGUUGUAUUUAUAUAGCGGACGACGAUGAUAGUGGAAUGUGGAGUGAAGUAAUGCUGCGUUUGUCGUUUUUCUUGUAACAGCAGAUUUGCACGACGAACCUGUACCAUAGUUGAACUACAUACCUACAUGGAAAUAAAUAUUCUAAAU